GCAGGGCUUUUUUCAGCCAUCUUGGACCCUGUGGAGGCCUGCUGGGAACAGGACUUCUAAAACGACAAAUAUGUCUGGAAGGCUGUGGUCCAAGGCCAUUUUUGCUGGCUAUAAGCGGGGUCUACGGAACCAGAGGGAGCACACAGCUCUCCUGAAAAUUGAAGGUGUAUAUGCUCGAGAUGAAACUGAAUUCUAUCUAGUCAAGAGAUGUGCUUAUGUGUACAAAGCAAAGAACAACACAGUAACUCCUGGUGGAAAACCUAACAAAACCAGAGUAAUCUGGGGAAAGAUAACUCGUGCUCAUGGAAACAGUGGCGUGGUUCGUGCCAAAUUCCGAAGCAACCUUCCUGCUAAGGCCAUUGGACACAGAAUCCGUGUGAUGCUGUACCCUUCAAGGAUUUAAACUUACUGAAAAGUAAAUAAAUAAAAGUGUGGAUUU